AUGACGCAACUUCGACAUGCUUUGGUGAAGACGCGGAAGCAGCUGGCGCACGUGAAGCAGGGGUCGCAGAGGCAGGCGGUUCUGAGCGAGUACGAGAAGGAACUGGUACAGCUCAUCUCGCGCGGGUACGAAGGGCUGCGCGAGCACGGCACAAGGCAAAGGCUGGAGGAUGCAGGAGAAGAUGUUGAGGCGCAGAUGGCGUCGUUGGAAGAGACACUUGUCAAGUUUACGCAAAAAGUGUUAGCCAAAUUCGCAGCAAUUCGACACCCGUUGGCCGAGAUGUGUGGUGCCGCAGACAGCGCCGUUGCUAAGCCCAGCGAAUCAGCAGCUGACGACGACACUCUGAGGCAAUACUUUCAAGCGUCUCUCUCAUUGGAGGAUACUGCAGAAAAGCCGGUUGCCGUGCCCGCGGAGCCAAUGGAUGAAACGCGCAGCAUUCACAGCCGGGAGGCGUUGGAGAAGAUGACCAUGCAGCAACUCAGGGCCCAACUUGCACCGUUUGAGCGCAAAGGUGUUCGGAAGAAGUGCGACCUGGUGGCUGCCAUUGUGCGGAAGGCUAAAAGCUCAGCUGAUGGCGCCAUUGAAAAAUAG